GCUUUGCAAGUACCUUAAUGCUAGGUAGGUACAAAACUGAGUGUUAGCGUGUCGAAGUAUAAACACUAUAUUGAUGGUGCCUUUUCAGAAUAAACUUCAGUCAUGUUUCUCACGAAAAUAAGCAUCUCCACUGAUGGCUUCACUUGUAUAUGCAUUUAAAACGAACGUGUUUGCAUCCAUUAGGGGGCGCUCUGUAGACGCGACAAACAGAACCAUACGUGUUGCAAUGCAGAUGUAAUGUGGACCUUGCCUUGUGCUGUGUUUGCGUUACCGAUGUGGUCUGAUGCAUUACAACAUCUACGCAGUUAUAUGCAGGAGACUCGGGUGUUUUUAUGGGGGAGAUGAGCUUCACCAUUGUUUAUUACUGGGGGCCAAUGUUGGUCUGUUUUGAUGCGCUUGAAAAAAAAUCUGAGAAUAAAAAAAUACAAUUGCAAUUCUGUAAAAAAUAUCAAGCAUCUACUAGCACCGUAGCCUAAUCAGUCUCAAAAGAUUUCCCAACGCCAAGGCUUCACAAUCAUCCUGAUAGUGUCCCGUCUGUUAGGUACAGCGAUAAUCUUUAUUCUGCUGGUCGCACACGCAGCUAGACAGACAUGCUGACCUUUGAAUCGGAAACUCAAACACAACGGCAGCAACGACUCUGAUUGAAUCAUACUCGUUUUAUUUAAAGUGCUCUGUCUUUGUCACUGACAGGGGCUUUGUAAGGACCGGAAAGCCGAGAAAAUGUUCUCUUUCAUUCGGUCUUGGCUCCCGGGCUUGCCCAGUCUCGAAUGGAGUAUUCUCAGUAUGAACCCAAUCGACAGCGUUCUGCAAGGUCUGACCGGAGCCUGCGGUAUCGCAGUCCUGUGUAAUUUAAUGAGAGUUUACUUGUUCAUUAAGUGCUUCAGUGAUCCUGAGCGGUUCAGUGCACAGAGGGAACGGCUUCGCUCUCCUCGCUUCUUCACGGAGACCCUGCACCUCUGCGUUCUGUCGAGCAUCCUGUCUGUGGUGGGGGCGCGGGUGGGGGCUCUGGUGGUCCUCGAGUUCUCGCUCAGGGCCGUGUCUACGAUGCUGUCCACUAGGAAGGGCAGUCAAAACAGCCAGUUGUUCCUGCUCUGCCAAUACUCCCUGGGCUGCGCGCUGACCAGCAGUUUGAGCUUCCUCCAGGAAGGGGCGCCCCACCGCACGGUCAGCCUGCUCCUCAGCGCCGGGCUGGCAGGGCUGCUCAUGUGGCACACCCAGGCUCUGGUGCGGCAUGUGGGCACUGUGUAUGAGCUGCACAGCAAGCAGCGUUACUGCGGGGUCUGCAUCUUCCUGCUCACCCGCUGGCACGACAUCCCUGCCCUCCUCGCCACCGCGCUCAAGAUCACCUUUGCCGUGGCUGGCAUGGCCGCUGUCUACCUCAUCAACAAGGACUUCCUGUCCACCUCCGAGGCUAUACGCUUCUGGACCCCACUGACCAUCUGCUACACGCUGCUGGUUGUCUACAUGCAAGAGGAGCAGCAGCAGAACCCCAGUGAGCAGAUGGCCCUCCAGACGGUGAUUGUGCGCAUGGGCGGUCUGCUCAUCCUCAUGCUGACUGUGGGGAAGUGGCUGGAUGUGCUGCACAUCCUGGUGUCUCUGCUGGGGGAGGUGUGGUGUCUGCUGCGGGCCAGGGCCAUGCUGGAGGUGUGCCGGAGCCAGGACUGCUCUGAUUCUGAGGGAGUCUACAGGAGAGGGGCUGAACGAUGGAGUCCAAACACAGGGUCACCCAGAGGUCAUUCACCCCCCACUCCCAUUGAGGCCAGCAGCUGAUAGGAGCACACCAGAGAGGGACAGGGACACUCCUAAAAUGAGCUGACGUGCAGAAUAGCUCGCAAGCUACAGCAAACAGCCAUGUGUGUAUAAAAAAAAAAAGUAAAAAGGAAGAACGGAGGAAUAUUUUUUUUAAUUCAAUCUAUUGCGUGGCACAAGCAGAAGCAGUGUGUAUAUGAAGGUGUUUGCAUUCACUGUGCGGAUUGAGGUCAUAAUUUGCAGUUUGGUAUAAAUAUUUUGUAUAUAUUCUGAAUCAUAGUGUGCCACAGCAUGUCUAUCUCUCAGGUAAUGGAUUUGUCAUUGAUAAUACAGUGCCACCAAACUGAUUCAGUUACCCGAAGUUCUAAUAAUCAAACUCUUAUACAGUAUUGUAUGUUAAUGUACAAUUGUGUAAAAAAAAAAAAAAUCUUUCAAGCUAGAGCCUUCUCCGUGAAGAAAUAAUUUCUUAUUAAAGUGUAAUACAUUUUUAUUGGACAUUAUGUGUUCUGUUACGCCCAGAGUUCUACCAGUACAUGCAACAUCAGUAAUCAGCUGCAGCUCAGUUUGGGCGACAGCGCUAUACUGAGAUGUGUCCAGCAGAGGGCUGCGCUGCGGGAAGGAUCUGCUGGAAAAUGAGCUCACAAACAUUGAUUCACACCCAGCUUGUGCCCAUGGAGCUGGCAAUGCAGUCUGAACACGUUGCAAUCAAAGCACCUAAUCAGGGCUGGGCCCUGUGCUGUAUCAGGGAGGUGACACUGACAAGAAUGGCUGUGUGAAGAUUAUUGUACAUACAGUUUAGAUACGAGCAGUGCUGUUAUCGGCUUUCCCUCUGAAUACACAGGGUGUACAUUCUGUAUUGGUGAAAGGUGGGGCAGAAUAAGGCCUUGAUCUGAUUUUAUCUUCUAUUUAUUUUUAUUUUUUUUAUCGUGGCUCCAGUUCAGUUUCUUUGGGAUGGGACAGCUGCAAACACCAAAUUAUGUUGAGCCACAGUGUAGAGUUAUUUAAGUUUUUAAAAAAGGAAAUGGACAUGAAAAUAAUUCCUUUAUAACAAUUCAGGAAACAUUAUUAAACAGAAAAUGAAGUCCCUUUACUGUAAUGGAAUACUGGAACUGUAGGCAGAUUAACAAUUUAAUAUAAAGAAACAAACUAUACUGGCUUUGGCGUGAAGAGAAAUAGUAAUCACAACAGUGGGGCUGAGAGGCAACAUGAGGGCGGG